AUGGGGACAGCCAGGAACAACCAAGUGGAGCUGAAACUCCCGCUCCUCGAGAAACCUAAGACCCUGAAAAACUACAGCCAGCCUGAGGUUCUCCGUCACACCUUCGAGACUCUGUCCAACCUUCACAAGUUGCUUCCCAAUUAUCUGAUGGAGCUGCUCCACUCCUGCAAGAGUGAGGAGGACAAGAAAAAAUGCUUUGCAGGUGUGGAGGUGUGGAGUGGCCUGCCCCUCCUGGACCCGUCAGGGAGGAGUCUGCGGGAGCGCUCAGAGACGGAGCAGGCGUGUGGGAUCCCCGUGGGCCAUCGCAUCCCAGCCAAGUCAGGAGGCAGCAGCCUGCCCCAACACGGCCGGGACCCAGGAUACAACCUUGAGUGGCAGAGCCCUGCCUCUAAUCCUAGUCCGCCAGAUCCCUGCUUUUUCACGUGGCUGAAAAAGAACAUGCGACCCACCGAAGACCUGGCCUCGGUCACGCAGAGGCUGUCGGCGUUCGGGCCGAUCGAGUCGGUGACCCUGUGCGGGCGGCAGAGCGCCGUGGUGGUUUUCAGAGACAUGGUCUCGGCCUGCAACGCGGUGAACGCGUUCCAGAGCAGGGCGCCGGGGAGCAUGUUCCAGUGCUCCUGGCAGCAGCCGUUCAUGUCGAGGGAGCUGAGGCUGCCCCCGACCAAGAGCCAGCGGAAGCUCCCCAGGCGCGUCUGA